UGAUUUCGUUGCCUAUAGAUCCGUUAGUUUUACUUGAAUUACCAUGUCAGAAUUCAUCAUCAUCAUGUGACGAUGAAGUUUUAGACUGUGCAGCUGGUUUAAUUCCAACGAAAUCCAAGAAUUUAUUAUUAUCCUCUGGAAGCGUAACUUAUACACGGUCCCGUCGUUCUGUCAUUCCAACUAACCUGGACAUCAUACUAGGUCUUAUUCCUGGUAUUGGUUGUGGUAAGUUCGUAUGUUAA